GCGGCCUUCUUGACCAUGACGGGGGCGGACGACGGCGACGGUAGCGACGCCGAGGCCGCCGAUCACGCCGCCUCCGGGAAGGAGCCCCUCGUGGAGGGCAGUGGCACGCAGCGGCAGCCCCAGCACGAUGAGGGCUUCCAGGGCCGGGGGCUGUCGGACGAGGAGCGCAGGCGACUCGUGCUCCAGAGGCAGCCAAGCAAGGAGAUGGAUUUGGAUGACCUCCUUCCUCAGAUUGGAGAAUUUGGAAGGUACCAAAAAAUCCUGCUUUGGUUCGUGUGUCUGCCUGCCUGCAUUCCCUGUGGAUUUUGCGCGUUCAAUCAAUUGUUCAUGGCUGACACUCCUGCCCACUGGUGCAGAAAUUUAGAGCUGGAAGGACUACUGCCAAACAUGUCACAAGAGCACAGGAGAAUGCUCUCCAUCCCUAAAGAUGGUUUGAAUGGAACAUACAGCAGUUGUGAACGAUAUUCUGUUGAUUGGAGGUCAUUACUAAAAGACACCUCCCCAUAUGAGCUAGAACCAAAUUCUUCCUGGACCACUGAACCCUGCCAAGAUGGAUGGGAGUAUGACACAUCUGAAAUAAAGUCUUCCAUAGUCAUUGAUUUUGAUUUGGUUUGUAACAGAGAUAUCUACCCUACUAUUGGACUUGCUGCUCUCAAUACAGGAGGUCCAGUUGGGGUUUACCUCUUUGGUGUUAUAAAUGACAGAUUUGGCAGAAGGCAGUCAUUCUUUCUAUGUUUGGCUAUUUUAAUUGCCGGAAGUAUAUGCACAGCAGCGGCUCCAGAAUUUUGGUCUUGGUCUGUUUCAAGAAUUAUCGUUGGUCUGACAAUACCAGCCAUCUAUCAAAUACCCUUCAUCAUCUCAUUAGAGCUUGUGGGACCAAAUUAUCGUUCCUUUGUGACUGUGAUGACUUGCCUUUUUUACACACUUGGGCUUAUUCUGUUGGCUGGAGUAACAUAUUUAGUACGUAACUGGGUCAGCUUGGCUCUGGCUACAUCCUUGCCAUUUCUUUUCUACUUUAUCUAUUGGUGGUUCCUCCCUGAGUCACCCAGAUGGCUACUCGCCAAGGGCCGCCUUGAGGAGGCACUCAAAGUAUUAGAAACUCUUGCAAGGGUCAAUCAACAAGAGCUUCCUGACAGCUUCAAGCAGAAACUAAAGCAACGGAUGAUGCUGCACCGAACUCAAAGUGAAGAAAGAAGGUUGAAGGAAGGUCCUAGUGUUUUUGCACUUUGCAAAACUCCAAACAUGCGCUUGAAAACAGCUCUCAUCACUCUCAAUUGGUUUGCAAACAACAUGGUUUAUGUUGGUCUGAGUUAUUAUGGGCCAGCAUUGGGCAAUAAUGAGUACCUGAGCUUCCUGUUAUCAUCCUUAGUAGAAAUCCCAAGUUAUUUAGCGUGUUGGGUUGUGAUGGAUUGGUGGGGAAGACGUUGGCCGCUUUCUAUUUGUAUGAUACUAAGCGGAAUAAGCUGCAUUGUCACAGUCCUCCUACCAGAAGAAUCUGUAACUGCAACAUUGGUUCUCUACUUGUUUUCAAAGUCUGCUAUAUCGGCCUCCUUUUUAAUAAUUUACCCUUUUGCGGGAGAGCUUUACCCAACUCAGAUGCGAGGGGUUGGUAUUGGAGCUUCAGGAUACAUAGCUGGUCUUGGGCUCAUUUUGAUACCAUUUAUUACAUAUUUGGGCAGAGAGAAUUUAGUUUUGCCUCUUGUCAUAAUGGGAAGUAUAUCUGUUGUUGGAGGAGUAACAGCCCUCCGACUGCCUGAGACUCUGCAUCACAGUCUUCCUCAGACAGUUGAAGAGGGAGAAGAAUUCGGCAAGGAUUGGAGCAUGGCUGACUGUAUCCAAUGUAUUCCUAAAAGGCCGACUGCAAAAGGUUCCUAUGAUGAUUUGUCAGAUGCAGCAGAAAGCGUUGAGCUUCCUUCACUUCCUGCUCCACUUAAGUUGCCUGGACCUCCUGGAAGAGAAGAAUCUCCUCGAACUCCUCUUAAUCGAUCUUUUGACACUGCAGUUCGCCGGUCUCUGUCAAUCAGAGGUAGUAGAGGCUCCAGAUCACUGCUCGUUAGACAAGCUAGUACAAUGGAGACGCCUAUAGACUCGACUGGUUUUAAAAUGACUUACUGGUUUUAAGUUUUGAACCCUCUUUUAUUUUUAUUAUUGUAAUAAUAAAUGUGUUCAUAUUAUUGUAAAAUGUGUCAUUCUACUCACUUUGUAAUAAAAUCAAACAAAAAGUCAAAAGUUUUUUUCCCUUUGCC